GGGGGACACAGAGAUUACCUCGCACAAUUGGAGUGUCUUUGGCAAAAGAACUAAUCUUCUCUGCACGUAUUGUAGAUGGUGAGGAAGCAAAAUCAAUAGGAUUGAUUAGCCAUGUGGUAGAACAAAAUGAAGCAGGGGAUGCUGCAUACAGAAGAGCAUUAGCUCUGGCAAGAGAAUUUUUACCUCAGGGACCAGUAGCAAUGAGAGUUGCCAAACUGGCCAUCAAUCAGGGAAUGGAGGUCGACUUAGUAACAGGUUUAGCAAUUGAAGAAGCUUGUUACGCUCAGACUAUUCCAACAAAAGAUAGAAUUGAAGGUCUUCUUGCAUUUAAGGAGAAGAGACCUCCUCGCUAUAAGGGAGAAUAAAAGAAGCUGAUGCCUUUAAAAUACAGUGGGGUAAAAGUACUCCUAUGAGGACCAUUAAGGUGCACUUUGCAUCCGCACCUGGAAUAUCACAACCACCAAAGUAAAAGCAAAUCAUACUGAUGUUACAUUUUGAAUGUGACCAUACUUGUUACUGGGCCCAGGUAGAAAUGUGUGUCAACUCAUGCUCAUUACAGUUUCUGAAGGCUGAUCUGUGUACUGGCAAGAUCACAGGUUCAUGCAGCAUUUUUAAAAUUUCAUAUGUAUAAAAUGUACCAUUCCACAAUUGAAAAAGUUCUGUAAAUCCUUUAUAUAGACAAAACCUAUAUGUGAUGUUACGUAUAAAUCUGCUUUAUCAUUUUAUCAAAACAAAAGUGACUACUAAACACCAAAAAUAAGAAACUGUACCAAAUAUGCAUUAAAAUGAUUCUGUAUUUCAGUAAAAUUGUAUUUCAGUAUUCUACCUGAAUAAUGUACAUUAUUAAUAAAGCUAAGGGAAACGAAAAGGAUUAUUGUUUGGAAAA